GCACACCUGUAGAGGCCAGCCUUGGAGUCCCUGUACACGGGGCGUGGAUGGAUGAAGGUGCGCGCAUGUUUGGAUUGUUCUUCGCGGGUGACGCCAGUCUGUUGUUCAGGAUCAGCUUCAUCACAAGAUCACCAGAAUCAAUUCUGUUUUCCAAGAAGUUUUAGAGCCAACAUAAUUCCAGGAUGCCAAGCCACAGGCACAGCCACCCUCUUUACCCACCAAGUGGAAGCAAACACAAACACAGGCACAGUGAGCUCAUGUCAAACCCAACCUUCUCCAACUAUCAAGAAAACAAAAAGCUUCACUUCUAUCUCUGGACAUCUCCACCAGGUGUGAUGAAGAUACUUUGCCUCAUCAUCAUCAUCAUGUGUGUGGCCAUCUUUGCCUGUGUGGCCUCAACUCUGGCAUGGGACUACGACAUGGGGAUGAUGGGAGGUGGAGCUAGCCUAAUCCCGGGUGUAGGUGGCGCUUACGGCAGCAGCUAUGGAGGCGCUUACAGUGGCAGUUACAGUGGCAGUUAUGGCGGGGCUUAUGGGUCUGGUCUUGGCGGCAGUUCCAAUGGCUAUGGUUACGGAGGAACGCAAAUUGAUCCCAAGUCUGGGAAAGGCUUCAUCAUGGCCAUUUCUGCGAUUACUUUCAUAGCCAUGCUGAUCAUAUUUAUUUUGGUGAUUUCAAGGCAAAAUGCGUCCCGUUCUUCAAAGUUCUACCUGGCAUCCAUUAUCAUCUGUGCCAUUUUGGCAUUUCUGAUGAUUAUUUCCACCAUUGUCUACCUGGUCUCAGUGAACCCGACAGCACAAUCCUCGGGGUCUAUGUUAUACAACCAGGUCAUCCAGUUAUGUGCACAAUUCCAGACACAGACCCAGGCCCAGGCCCAAGGUCUCUUCAUCAACCAGUACCUUUACCAUUACUGUGUGGUGGAGCCCCAAGAGGCCAUAGCAAUUGUCUUUGGCUUCCUGGUGUUUGUUGCCCUCAUCAUCUUACUGGUGUUUGCUGUCAAGACUCGCUCACUGAUCCAGCAUUGGGGCAAGGAGCGAAUUCUCUGGGAGGAAGUGAAGACUGUUAACUAUGGUCACCAUAACAGUGUUGGAGAGUGGGUGAAAAAUGUGUCAGGUGAACCAGAGGUGUUGGUUAAUGACCCCAACGAUAGAGUUGGGGGUUCAAGAGACUACCUUGACAAGCCGGACUACAACAAGCCACUCUACCUUCCAGGAGACUCUGACAUAAGCAGCUUUGUGGGAGGCUCUAAGAUCAGGCAGAAGGAAUAUGAUGCUGGCUUUGAGUCUGGAGAUGACUUGGAAGAAGAAGAUUUCAGCGUUUUGUUUCCUUCCAUUAUGGAUGAGCAUGAGCGCCUAAGUUACAAAAGAGAGUUUGACCGGGACCAUCUUGAGUACAAGAGCCUGCAAAGUGAGCUAGAUAGCAUCAACCAGGACCUGGCUGAUCUGGAAGGAGACCUGGACAGGCACUCUGAGGGGAGCCCCCAGUUCCUGGAUGCCCUAAAUGAAUAUACCCGAAUCAAAAACUUCAAAAAGUCUCCAGAUUACCAGAUGAAGAAGAGGAGAUGCAAAUAUCUGAAAUCCAAACUGUCACACAUCAAGAGCAAGAUCAGUGAAUACGACCGCCGCCCAUGAACCUUCUUCUGUGACGCAUAUUAAUGAAUACUUGUAUAAAGGAUGUCUUAACCAAGACAGUCACUAUAUUCCCAAGAGCAGAAUUGACUAAAAACUGGAUUUUGUAUUUCUGCAUGAAGAAUAUUUUCUGAGUGCAGUUCUUGUGUAUAAAAUCUACUGUAUUUAGCUUUUAAUCUGGAUUUACACAUUGAGUUCUUUUUAUUAAUUUUCAUGGAGUGAUGCUCUCUUUAUAAUAUAAAGCAGAUCUUAUAGUUUUUAGCAAAGUAAAGCUUUGAGGCAUAAAUCAUAUUUGUAAUCCUUGUCCAUAUGUGCAUGCUUUCAAUUUAAGAUGAUUUGUAACAGUAUUUUAGUUAGACAGACAUCAGUGACAGAGAGGCAGAUGUUUGGGGAUAUUGAUGUAUCUCUGGCCUAUCAAGUGUUUUCCUUGCUGUAAUAAAUUUAAUUGUAUACCAUU